AUGAUAAAACAUACGGCCACGGGUUUUUAUGAUUUGGCAACUGCGAAUGUCUCCGCCAUUCUGAACGUACGACACUCGGCUUCCUAUAGUUCUACUAGUUCAAGUGGUGGUUUGGCUAUACGCAAUAAUAAUAUUAACAGCAAUAAUCACAAUAACAACAAGUUGGAUAUGAUACCACACAAUGGAGGCAAUAGCGAUUUAUUUAGGAACAACCAAAGCACCAAAGAAGAAGGGACUGGCAAUGGGCGUGAAAGCUUGCCAAGUUUCGGCUUUACGCAAGAACAAGUUGCAUGUGUGUGUGAGGUGCUUCAACAAGCUGGUAAUCUUGAAAGAUUGGGUCGUUUUCUUUGGUCAUUGCCACAAUGUGAUAAAUUGCAAUUUAAUGAAUCUGUGCUAAAAGCAAAAGCAGUCGUGGCAUUUCAUCGAGGGCAGUACAAGGAGCUGUAUCGACUACUUGAACACCAUCACUUUUCACCGCAAAAUCACUCUAAGCUACAAGCUUUGUGGUUAAAAGCGCAUUAUGUGGAAGCCGAAAAGCUGCGAGGAAGACCUUUGGGUGCAGUUGGAAAAUAUCGUGUUCGCAGGAAAUUUCCCCUGCCGCGCACUAUUUGGGACGGUGAGGAGACAAGCUAUUGUUUUAAGGAAAAAUCUCGAUUGGUACUAAGGGACUGGUAUGCGCACAAUCCAUAUCCAUCACCCCGCGAAAAACGUGAUUUAGCAGAAGCAACUGGACUCACUACUACACAGGUCUCCAAUUGGUUUAAAAAUCGCCGGCAAAGAGAUCGUGCAGCGGAGCAUAAGGAUGGUUCAACGGAAAAACAGCAUCUUGACUCAUCUAGUGAUUCUGAAAUAGAUGGCAAUAUAAUACCUAGUCAGUGUUCACAACAUGGUGGAACCACGCCACAGCAUAUCCACGAACAGCAACAACUAUCGCCGAGCAGUAACAGUCUGCAUCAACGCCAAUUGCAACACUCAUCUAUACCAUCCACUUUACAGGAUCAAAGCCUGCAACAUCAUCAACGACAGCUUCAUCAUAGUGUUGCAAUAACUUCAGUGACAGACAGUAAUGGCCUCAACCCCGCAGAAACGGUCACAGUUGCACAAAUGCCUCCGUUACCAACUGUCGUGACUUAUUCACAUCUGCACAUCGGUGCAAUGCCUACGAUGUAUGAAAUGAACGAAUAUCAGCACUUAUGAUUCUAGUUGGAUAAAGCUACCCUGACACGCACUUUAUAUUACCCACUCAGCUUAUAAAUGGGAUUUAACCCAAUUCCUUUAUCAGCGACAUGCAAAUAUCAGCAAGACUAAAACAA